AUGAUCUCUCCUGAAAACGACAAGUCUAUCAAGUACCCAGCAAAGGCACACCUCCGGAAGGUUGCGAGCUACCUGCCUGACGCUGCCGGGCAUGCUUCAGCCAUUGUUUACAUGAAAGGAACGCCGGAGCGACUCCGAGCAACCGACGCUGACAGUGUCCUGCCAUUCUUUCAGCAUUCCAAUUUCUUCUACGUGACGGGCAUUACUCAGCCUAAUCUUGAACUAAUCUACCACAUCAACACUGGGAAGCUCGCUAUCUUCCGACCAGCGAGAAGCGUGAGAGAAAUCGCAUUCAAUGGCCGUCCGCCCUCUCCGAAGGAAGUGAUGGCCCAGUAUGAGGUUGAUCACGUUUACGAGGCUGAUUACUUGCUGGAUCAUAUAAAGGCGCUGAGCCCAUCCGUUAUCUACACGUUGCCGGAUGAGUUGCCGCCCGUGGCACGUAAGGGAGUCAUUAAUGACAAUGCGUCCCUGAUCGAGGCACUGCAUGUCGCUCGUGUUGUCAAGGACGACUUUGAAGUGCAACAGAUCAUCGAAGCGUGUAGAAUCUCGACGGCGGCUCAUCAUGCUUGCGGCAGACGGUUGAGGCGGGCGACGAAUGAGAGGGAGCUGGAAGCAACUUUCGUGUACGAAUGCAUUCUGAGAGGCGGGAAGAACCAGGCAUAUGAGCCUAUCGUUGCUGGAGGCUCGAACGCGGCCACAUUGCAUUACAUCAGGAAUGACGAAGAUUUCAAAGGAAAGGAUUUGCUUCUCAUCGACGCAAGCUGCGAGUUUGAUCAUUACACGAGCGAUAUCACAAGGACGUAUCCAAUCUCCGGAAAGUUCUCAGGAGAAGCAAAGACCGUAUACGAGAUUGUAUUGUCUACUCAGAAGGGCUGUAUUGAUGCGGUAAAGCCGGGCAUUACCUUACGCAUCCUUAAUGAUAUGGCGGCGAAGUCCAUCGGAAAGCAGCUGAAGGGCGUCAGUAUAAUUAAGGAGGAUGCGGAUUCGGACACGGUGAGGAAAUUGGUAUCCAGUUUCAUGCCUCACGGUUUGGGUCACCAUCUGGGACUGGACGUGCACGAUGUUAGUCCCGCGACAACCAAGUUCAAGCAAUGUUCGAGGAAUCGUCGGCAGAUCCCUGCCGACUCUCCGGAAUUUCAGGCUCUUGCAGACCUGGUGCUGACUCCCGGGAUGUGCUUGACGGUGGAACCUGGUGUGUACUUCAAUGACUACCUUUUGGACUUGCUGAAGGAGGAUGCCGAGCAAGCGGCUUGGAUAAAUUGGGAAGUCUUGGAGAAGUACAGGUCGGUGGGAGGGGUACGGAUUGAGGAUUGCGUUCUGAUCACGGAGGACGGCCAUGACAUUCUGAGCACGGCGGUAAAGGAGGUUAAGGAUGUAGAGGCCCUCGUCCAAGGGUGGAUGUAG